GUUCCGUUACCCGGAGGACUCGAGGAGACCUGCAAAUCUAAUCCUUUCCGACCUCUUUGCCUCUCUCCUCUUUCCUCUUGCUUCCCCAUUUCGUCGCAGCAGUCCAAACCCUAGUCUAUCCCCGUUCCCCUUCCUUCCACCCGCCGACGCGGCUCGGACCGGAGGGUGAGCUGAGAGAGAGGACCAGGAGGAGGCGGAGGAGGAGAUGGAUCGGAUCGUCGGCAGCAAGUACAAGCUCGGCCGCAAGAUUGGGAGCGGCUCCUUCGGCGAGAUCUACCUCGCGACGCACGUCGACACUUACGAGAUCGUGGCCGUCAAAAUCGAAAGCAGUAAAACUAAUCAUCCACAGUUGCUAUAUGAGGCUAAACUGUACAAUGCUCUUCAGGGAGGGACUGGUAUUGCAAACAUCAAAUGGUGCGGCAUUGAUGGUGAUGAAAAUAUUCUUGUUAUUGAUUUGCUCGGACCAAGCCUUGAAGAUCUUCUUGUUUAUUGUGGCCGGAGAUUCUCACUGAAGACGGUCUUGAUGCUAGCAGAUCAGAUGAUAACAAGAAUAGAAUUUAUGCAUUCUAAAGGCUAUCUGCACAGAGAUAUCAAGCCUGAUAACUUCCUCAUGGGCCUUGGUAGAAAAGCUAACCAGGUUUAUGUCAUUGACUUCGGGCUUGCAAAGCGAUAUCGUGACUCAACUACCAACCGCCAUAUACCUUAUAGAGAAAAUAAAAACUUGACAGGCACAGCUCGUUACGCAAGUCGCAACACUCAUCUUGGGAUUGAGCAAAGCCGUAGAGAUGAUUUGGAAUCCAUUGGAUAUGUUCUUCUGUAUUUCCUCAGAGGAAGUCUCCCCUGGCAGGGCUUGAAAGCAGCCACAAAAAAACAGAAGUAUGACAAAAUAAGUGAGAAGAAGCUUUCAACUCCUAUUGAGGCUCUAUGUAAAUCCCAUCCUGUGGAAUUCGCUUCCUAUUUCCACUAUUGCCAUUCUCUGACAUUUGAUCAGCGGCCUGAUUAUAGUUUCUUGAGACGUCUCUUUCGGGAUUUGUUUGACCGUGAAGGUUAUCAGUUUGAUUAUGUCUACGACUGGACUUUGUUAAAGUGUAAGCAAUCCCAGAAGGCGAAGGCUCAACAAGGAUGCUCUCAAGAUGCAGGGGCAAGCAGCCGUCCAGUUGCAACGAACGUGGACAAGCACCAAGUUAGUGUUGCACGCCCGGUUGAAGCUGCAGGUCUGCUUGAUGCAGAGCAACGCCCGGCAAUCAGAAUGCAAUUCAAGUCCAGUGCUGAAAAUAGCCGUUCAAAUAAUCUGCAUCCUGAUAGAUUGAGAGUGGCUGCUAGCCCGGAUAAUGCAUUACUGCAAUCCGCACCACUUGGCCGUGUUGAUGCUCCAAGAAAAAAUGCGACAAUCUCAAAAACACAUGGAUCCAUUGACCCACACACUCAUGGAAGUUACAGUCCAGGGCCCUCUAACUGCAUUUGACCUUUGGAUCAUUUAGUAAACGGCUGCCUGAUGUGGUUUCAUGGAAGAAUCUUGGACAAACUUCAAUGCUUUUAUUCUUGAUGCAUGAAGCCAUUGCUGAAAAUAGCUGUCGGGUUUUUAUGGGGGCAUCUGUAUUGCUUGAGGUGAUUACUACCAACCAGAAAUAUUGGUUGAUGCUGGUUAUGAAUUCAGCAUCGGUUAGCUGUUCUGGUUUAUUAUUAUUCUUUUCCAUCUGUGGAUAAUAUGGAAACUUGCUUAGGAAUGUCAGCAAUCUAUUUUGUGCUCUACUCGAGUGGAUACAUUGUAACUCCUCAUCCAUCUGGGCUCGUUGAUUCAGGGUCCUUUCCAAAUAUAGUAAUGAUGCAUGUAUUCCAUGCUUAAAGAAAACUUGGGGAUUCAGCAGGAUAGCUUUCAUUUUAAUUAGGGGCCAGCUACAGAGGGACAGUGUGUGUUCUACCCGGCUUGCGACUUACAACUUGUUUAACUUAAAGUGGCUUGAUAUCCAAUUUGGAUUGGCUGCAGCUUCCAAUGUGUUUGAUACCAAAUCACACUAUGCAAAGAUUACGAAGAGGUAUCUUAGAAGUUUGUGAUUUUGUUAGCAUGUUUCAACUGCUCUCACCAGUUUGCCUAUCUCGCAACAAAUAGAUAGGCAUGCGAAAAAUGAUCAAGUGUAUUCAUCCCCGUUACUAUAUCCGACUUUCAAGAGCUACAUACUGCAGCACAAGGGCUCAAGAUAAAGGUUCCUGCAUCUCAGUCCACAACAAUCUGUUCGAGAGGAGGCAAAACAUCAACGUAUGUCAUGCUGGCACUGACGUGGUUUAUUCCAUGUGAUUUGUUUGAAUGCCAGGAAUGGGUGUACAGGCUCAUUUACAUGCAGAUGUUCCCCCACGAGCCAAUGAACAAAGAACAAAAACAGUUACUGUGACAUUGCUACUCCAGUUCCACGGUGGGCUCUGUAGGCUUUGUCGGUGCCAAUGGUGAUUUACCUGCGUGAACUCCCAGGAGUUAAGUUGCUUGCCGGUUGGUAGUGCAAAGGGGUCAACAUUGUAUGCACAGGCAUAUGUAUGUUAGCUGCAGCACUCCAUUCCCGUCUUCAGGGCCGUACCCCAACUUUGCCACAGCAAACUGCAGACCAUGGCCCGUGGUAGGAGCUGAGUGGUCGCUUGUUUUCUUGGUGUCCUGGAGGCCCUCAUCUUCCCUGCCGUGCUGCUCGUGUUACUGGUCAGCCUCAACGGGCAACGGCUGCUCCUCGCAACAAAGCAUUCCCGACGGGGUAGGGGUGCUGGUACUUGUGGUUUUGCAUCGAGUUGAGCUGCAUUAGUACAGUAGCUUCUGGGUAAGUCCGUGAGUACGCUACAAUCUGCAGUGGCUGUGCAGAGGAGCAGCGGCCUCCUCUGCACUCCCGAAUCCACAUAUUUGGCUCUCCUCAACCUAGCCGACGACCUGUUUGUGUCCGAAUAGUGCACAGGAUGCCAGCUAGACGUGUGGGUUUUGUUACAUGCGUGUUUGUGAAUCUGAUGGACGCUGGUGUGAAAAUUUCACUCAAGGUCUUGCGAGUUUCCUUUUUUAAGUCUCCAUUUCGUACUACAA